AUGGUGCAUGCGACAUGUUGCAAACAUCCGAGAAUGUAUCGCUACAAGACGCCAGACUUUCGUGCGCUGGCAGCCAAGUACCCAUCAACAUUCGGCGCUUUCGUCAGAGAUGACGGGGGGUAUGAGGGCAAGAUUGAUUUCCACGAUGCACAAGCCGUCAGGUGUUUGGCAGAGACCUUGUUGCUAGACGACUUUGGGAUCCACGCUACAUUUUCCGAGAAAAACCUUUGUCCCAUGAUUCUGACGCGUUUUUCCGGUGCGCGUUGGUACAGGCUCGCAUACAUCGCACUCAUCCACGAGCUUCUCGAAUCGACACUACCAACGCUCUGUGUUUUGCGAGAUUUCCAGAAUCUACCUCUCACUUGGCAUGUCAAUGGUCUGGACAUUGGAACAGGAGCCUCGGCCAUCUAUCCUCUGUUGGGCACACGGUGUUUCGCGCGCUGGCGAUUUGUCGCUAUCGAUAUCGACAGCCACAGUUUGGAGCAUGCUCGUCAACAUGUGGUGCACGCCAACCACGUGCGCACGAGAAUUGCAUUGGUCCAUGUCGACGAAAACGACGAGUUUGUGCCUGCUGACAUCAACACCAAGCUGGCUCAAGAGGCGAUAUGGUCGAUGCAGAAUCACGAGCUCAUCCAUUUUACCAUGUGCAACCCGCCGUUCUACACAAGUCAGCAAGAAAUGCUCAGUCUGGCUCGAAUCAAAAAGACGCCUGCCAACGCUGUCUGUCACGGAACGUCAUCAGAAAUGGUCACUGCCGGCGGAGAGCUGCGCUUCGUCCAACGAAUGAUCCAGCAAAGUCUUUCGGAUCCCAGAGUGGUCUGGUGGACGUGCAUGUUGGGCAAACUGUCGAGCGUGGUUCAAGUCGCACAAGAGCUCGAACCGCUGUCGAACGAGCGUAGAAUACGCGCAUGGGGUGUGCACGAACUACCGACGGGUGGAGGAAGGACCAGAAGAUGGGUUCUGCUGUGGACCACUAAGAGUGGAUUGCGGAUUCCUCCUAGCUGGAGUAGAGCGACGUUGCCGAGUUCGCUGAAGAGGCAUGCUCCUGCUUCGGGCGAAAGAUCCGGAAAAGUGAUCAAGAGAGGCGUAGCAUGGACAAGAAAGGAGCUGUUCGAGCUGACGAUGCACGUUCUGGAUGGCUUGGAAGGGUGCUCAACGUACGCCUCUGCUUAUCAACGAUUUGACAGCACACACAGGCUAUCAUGUGAGACCGAUAAGCAAGCCGCACUUGGACCGAAAGCGAACAUGACAUCCGAUACAGGCACCAUCGACGUGAUCCUAACCAAACAAAGUUGGUCACGUAAAGCUCGCCGUGCCAAGCUACAAGUCUCGGAGGCCUCGACACGCUACGAAGCAACAAAAGUGCACUCGGAGCCGCUUCUGAUGGCACGAAUCUCGGUCGGCGAGAGAACGGCGACGAACGAGCAAGGAGCGCCAGAGACGGGUCUGGUGAUGACCGUCAGCUGGACGUACGGCAUUGAUGCGGUCAAGUUUGAAUCCUUUGCCACGUUUCUACUCGCCGCAGUCGAAAAAAGGGUCGAAGAUGCUGUACGUACGCAAGCUCAGUGA